AUGUCGCUGGUUCUGAUAAGUCUUGGUAACUAUGGUAGAGAAGUAUUACAAAAACAUGAGAGUCUUGUGAUCUCGUCGACUCUACUCUUCGAGAAUCUACCUCUAUCUACUCGUCUCCCGCCAGACUGUAAUGGACAGGGGGAAUCCUAUCCCAGUGGUCUGCCCCCCCAACGCACGAACCAAGAGGAGGCUAGACCAGGAACUAGCGGACAACGUGAGGGAAAUAGAGGAACUCGUCCAGAACUGGGAGGAGGAGGAUCUGAUGAUGACGGAUCAGAACCAGAUGCCCUCUGGGAUAACAUCUUCUCGUUCGUCAUCCACGGAAGGGACCUUAGACCUAGCUCAGCCUCAAAAUGCAAGUUUGCCUUCGUCAGACACGGAACAGGAACAGAUCGAGAACAUAUCCACGUCGUCUUCAGUGCCUACUUCUCCAACAAGUGGAGGACAGUGGAUAGAAUUGGUCAAGCAUUUGGACUUAACGAAACCCAAAUUGCAAUUGCUAAGAGGAGCCUUAUCUCGGUCAGGAAUCCCUACAAAUAUGCCAUAUACCUUAGCCGCGCGGGUAUCCGAGGAAGGUGGGUCCACUAUAAUGGUGGAGUUCAAGUAAUAUUAGAUUUCCUAACAGAAUAUCAAGGAGUCAUUGAGGCGGAGAACAUCGAUGUAGAGACUGGACUCACAUACUGUGGACAACAAUUAGACAAGCUUAGAGAGGAGAGAUCAAUAACAAGGUCCAAGAUCAAGACAUAUGACGUCCAACUAGACCAGUGUAUGGACCUAUUUAACAAGUACAGGCCAUUGGCACCAGGACAGAUUAAAAACAAGAUACCACCAUCUGAGAAAAUGAACAUGUUCCGAAUAUAUGGACCAUACUAUGCAAACGUACUGAAGAAUUGUCAUGACAUGUGGCUCCAAAUGGAAAAUGACGUCAUGAGAAACAUGUCCUACCUUGAGAGACUGAGAUAUGUCUAUAAAGAGGAUCGACCAUUAACAGAAGAAGAACAUAAUAUGGUCUACAGAUUUGUAAACAUUAUUGAGAAGAAUAACAUCAAGUUUAAGGACUUCAUAGCUAAGUUCUGCUAUGUGUUCAACGGACUAAAUUCAAAGAUCCACGGUUUCGUCAUCCAGGGUGUGAGUAAUGCAGGAAAGUCGUUGGUGGCUAAGAUCCUGUUACACAAUCUCCACCCAACAAAGAUUACAAAAAACUCGAGCGGGAACAACUUUAGAUUCUCGAGGUUGCCAGAUAGCAAUUGCGUCUUGUGGGAAGAAGCCAGUAUACCAUCAACUGAAGUUGACCUUUGGAAGUCCAUAUUAGGAGGAGAAGCAAUGGAGACUGACGUCAAACACCAAGAUCAUCAGGAAAUACCCAACAUUCCUUGGAUUAUAACAACAAACAGAGAAAUAACAGAACGUCUUGAGGGAGAAGACCGAGCCAGUAUCUUGAACCGGAUCUUCAAAUUUAGAAUUUAA